AGCCUCCCGCGACAAUCCCCGCGCUAUACCCAGCGAAGCGCUCCACGCUUGAAGAGUGCUUACCACUGUACAUACAGACCUCGGCCUUUUUGUAGCCUAGUUUGAGCGGCCAAAGCUACCCCAACGCCGCAACAAUGGCUUCGCGACUGGUGCUGGUCCUAGGCGACCUCUUCAUACCAGAUAGAGCCUCAGAUAUACCGGCCAAGUUCAAGAAACUUCUCGCGCCUGGAAAGAUUGGACAGAUUCUCUGUCUAGGCAACAUAACGGACCGUGAAACGUACGAGUUCCUCCGCGCCAUUGCGCCCGACCUACAAAUCGUAAAAGGCGACUUUGACGUCGAAGCGCCAAACCUCGCAUUGUCAAAAGUUGUCACACACGGAAGUCUACGUAUAGGAUUCACGCACGGGCAUACGAUCAUACCACCGGGCGAUGGCGAUAGUUUGCUCAUAGCAGCGCGGCAAAUGGAUGUGGAUGUGUUGCUGUGGGGCGGCACCCACAAGUUUGAGGCGUAUGAGAUGGAGGGCAAAUUCUUUGUAAACCCAGGGAGUGCGACGGGAGCAAUGUGUACGGGGUGGUGGACUGAGGACGAGGACCCUACGCCAAGUUUUGUGCUGAUGGAUGUGCAAGGCGAUGUCCUGGUACUGUACGUGUAUCAACUACGCAAAGAUGCCGAGGGCAACGAGAAUGUCGCGGUGGAGAAGGUGUCGUUUCGGAAAAACGGCGGCGGUGCUUCAUAGAACGGGGUGACACGAUGUUGAACGGCCGGUUGAAGUCGGCUUACAUGCCGGUUGAACGCAUGAACGACGUGGUUGCACAACCUUGCUGCCAUGUACGCGCAUGUAUACUACGAGGAAUAGAAAGGCCCAUGU